GGAAGGUGAGGCUUCCCUGAAGCCGCCAGGCGCUCUGCGAUGAAGAAGAUUUUCGGCUUUGGGAGUAGGAAGGGCGUGUCGCCCUUGGGCGCGGCCUCCAGCCCCGGGAGGAGCCGGGGGGAGAGGCUGAGUGGUAGCCGAGGCCCCGCGCAGCCCGGGUACCACGUCCGGGACAGAGACCUGGGGAAGAUCCACCGAGCUGCCAGCGUGGGCAGCGUAGCGAAAGUGAAGCAGAUUCUGCUGCUCCGGAUAAAUGGCUUGAAUGAUAGAGACAAGAUGAACAGGACUGCUCUCCAUUUGGCCUGUGCCAAUGGACAUCCAGGAGUGGUAACUCUCCUAGCAGACAGAAAAUGUCUGUUGAACCUCUGUGAUAAUGAAAACAGGACCGCUCUGAUGAAGGCCGUACAAUGCCAGGAAGAGGAAUGUGCAACUAUUCUACUAGACCAUGGUGCUGAUCCAAACAUAAUGGACAUCGAUGGCAAUACUGCUCUCCACCAUGCUGUCCUUGGUCAAAAUAUAGCUAUAGUGGACAAGCUGCUUUCAUUCAAGGCAAAUAUUGAAGCGAGAAACAAGGAUGACCUCACACCACUUUCUCUUGCUCAAAGUGAAAAUAAAGAUCAUAUGGUGGAAUUUUUAGUAAAUAGAGGUGCAAGAAUACACACAGUCGAUCAGAUGGAAAGCAAUCAACAAGUAAUGUCUGAAUAUAAAGAAGAAAGGAGAGCUAAAAAGUCUUCUGAAAGUAGCAAAAGUUUUGCGGAUGAGAGCUCUGAAGAAGACUCUUUAAGGAGCAAACCUGGCAUUGAUGAUUCAUGGCCUACAUCAGAGGAUGAAGACUUCGAUUUAGAUACCAAGAAUUUCAUGAAGCCAAGCUUAGCAAAGCUAAAGACUGCUAUUCAACAAUCCCAGAAAAACAUAGAAGCAAAAUAUGCCACUGUGAGAUCAGAAAAUAGGACCUCAUAUGAGGACAAUAAUUUUCAUAGUGAAAAUGAAAAUGUGGUUGAAACCUUUCCCAACACAUCAGAAAAAAUCCAGGGCUUUUCUCAACCUGCCUUUUCAUCACUUGAACCUCUUCUAAAAGCUUCUCCUAUGUCUUCAGCAGUCAUAGGUCUUACAAAGGAAGACACAACAAAGCCAGCAAUUAAAAAAAAAGAAAAUGGUAUUGAUAUUAUUGAAAGUGCUCCAAAGAGCCAAACAAAUAAUGACAAUUUGACCUAUGUUGAUGGAGAACACAAAAAUAGUAGUAGUGAUAAAAUGUCAGCAUUAGGAUUAGGAGAAGACGAAGAUAUAGAAUCACCUUGGGAUUCUGAGAGUUUCUCUACAAGUCUUCCACAGAAGUAUGUUGACCACUUAUCUGAAGCUGCAGAUCAAAGAGGAAAAUAUAUACUAAAUGAACAAGUAGAAGAUGUGCUUUAUAUACCUUCUUGCAUGAAUGGAUCAAGAAGCUUUAAGAUGGCUAAAGUAGAGGAUACAAGAAAUAUAGGCAUACCAGUAGCCUGCAUUGAUUCUCCUGGAAAAUAUCCUCACUUGAAGCCUACCCUUGUAGUGACAGAUCCUGUUCCCAAGAAAGCACAAGGAAUGAAGGAUGUACAAGCAUUCAAAUCAGCAGAGCUAGACUUAGAAAUGACAUCACAGGAAGAACAAGAAAGGCUUAUUGGAAGUGAAAAUAACCACCCACAGGUUGAAAAAGAAAAAAAGAUGCACAGAAGUUGUGAAAUGGACGUUACAGAAAACUUCUGUAAUGCUGAUGCUGAUGACAGCGAUGAAUUAAUUCAACAAAGAAAGAGUGGACAAACCGGUAACCAGCAAUUUCCUACUAUGGAGAAUGAAGAUACUGAUUGGUCAGCAAAGCAAACAUCUAGUGAAGAGAAAAUAUCUAGUGAAGAGAACAAGGUUAAAGAGAAAAUUGAUUCCGUGGAUGACCUUGAUGACUUAACUCAGUCAUCUGAAACAAUUUCAGAACAUUGCGAGUUGCCUUACUCCAAUUAUAAGAAUUCCAUGUUGCUAAUUGAACAACUUAGCAUGGAUUGUAAAGAUUCUAUUAGCUUAUUGAAAAUCCAGGAUGCAGUUCUUUCAUAUGAAAGAUUAAUAGAACUUAGAAAAAAUCACUGUGAACUGCUUACUGGGAAAAUUAAAAAAAUGGAAAAGAGGAUUAGUGGACUACAGAAGGAGCUAUCAGAAACAAAAGAAAUGAAAUCACAAUUAGAGCAUCAAAAAGUGGAAUGGGAACAAGAACUCUGCAAUUUGAGAUUUACCUUAAAAGAAGAAAAAGAGAAGAGAAGAAAUUCUGAUUUGUUAUAUGACAAAAUUAGGGAGCAGUUGAGAAAUAAAGAAGAGCAAUACAUUAAAGAAGUUGAAGCGAACCAACAACUUGAAACCACUCUUAGAACACUAGAGAUGGAAUUGAAAAUUGUAAGAAAGAAUUUAAAUCAGGUUGUAGAAGAGCGAAAUGACAUUCAGAGGCAACUCUCUCGAGAACAGAAUGCCAGAAUAUUACAAGAUGGAAUUCUGACCAAUCACCUAUGCAAAGAAAAGGAGAUAGAAAUAGCUCGUAAGAAAAUGAAUUCUGAGGUUUCCGAUAGUUAUGAAAAAGAAAAAACUUUGUUGCAUGAAAAUCACAUGUUUCAGGAUGAAAUUACCAAGCUAAGACUGGAAAUAGACACAGUAAAAAAUCAAAACCAGGAAAUGGAAAAGAAAUAUUUUGAGGACAUUGCAAUUGUCAAAGAAAAGAAUGACCAUCUUCAAAAGACAAUAAAACUGAAUGAGGAAACAUUAACAAAAACAAUAUUUCAACAUAACGGACAGCUUGGUGUUCUGACGGCUGAGAAUACAAUGCUAAACUCUAAACUGGAGAAUGAAAAACAAAACAGAGAAAGACUGGAAGCAGAAGUUGAAUCAUACCGGUCUAGACUGGCUACUGCUAUACAGGAUUAUGAGCACUGUCAGACAUCAAAGAAAGACCUACAAUUUGCUUUCCAGCGAGAAAGAGAUGAAUGGUUUUGUUUACGGGACAAAAUGAAUUUUGAUAUGUCUAACCUAAAAGAUAACAAUGAAGUUCUUUCUCAACAACUUUCUAAAGCAGAAAGUAAAUUCAAUAGCCUAGAAAUUGAGCUUCAUCACACAAGAGAUGCUCUCAGAGAAAGAACAUUGGUUUUAGAAGGUGUACAAAGAGACCUAAGCCAAACACAGUGUCAAAAGAAGGAAAUUGAACACCUGUAUCAAAAGGAACAAGGUAAAGUGAAUAAAUAUGUUGGAAAGCAGGGAUCCUUAGAGGAGAGGUUAUCUCACCUACAGAGUGAAAAUAUGUUGCUCCGACAGCACCUGGAUGAUGCUCACAACAAAGCUGACAGUAAAGAAAAGACAGUCAUUAAUAUCCAAGAUCAGUUUCAGGAUAUCAUAAAAAUAUUUCAAGCUGAAAGUGAAAAGCAAGGUCUUCUGCUGAAUGAAAGAAAUAAGGAGUUAAUCAAUGAAUGUAAUCAUUUAAAAGAAAGAAUGCAUCAGUAUGAAAAUGAUAAAGUGGAAAGAGAUGCAGUUGUGAGACAACUUCAACAAGAACUGGCUGAUACACUAAAAAAACAGUCUAUGUCGGAGGCUUCAUUGGAGGUUACAUCACGUUAUCGUAUGAAUUUAGAAGAUGAGAAACAAGAGUUAAAGAAGGAACUAGAUCAAAUCAGAAGUCAGUUGCAAGAAGCACAAGAUCGAUGUACUGCGGCCGUAAGAUGUGCUGAGGAGACGCAAGAUCACGUGCAAAAGCUUGAAAUUGAAAAUGCCAAGUUAAAAGUUACAAUAAAAAAGCAAGAACACAAAAUUGAACAGCUUCAGACAAACCUGUCGGGAAACAAUUCGUCUCAGGAUGAAAAGGAACAGUUAAAGAAAUAUAUUGAGUCAAAACAGUCUUUGGAAUAUAGCUUGGAUCAAGAAAUGAAGAAAAAUGAUCAAUUAGAAAAAGAAAUUACCAGAUUAAAGAAACUCUUAAAAAUUACAAAAAGGAAGUUAAAUGAAUAUGAAAAUGAAGAGCUUAGUUUCCCUGGAGAUUUAAAACCGAAACAAAUUGAAAUGGAUAUUCAGAUUAAUAUAUUAAAACAUAAGAAUGAUGAUCUUACAGCAAAACUGGAAAGUGCAUCUUCACAGUGUAUACGUCUGGAUGAAAAAAAUAAAUUUCUUCAACAGGAGUUAUUAUCUAUGAAAGCAAUACAAAAGAAAUGUGAAAAGCUAGAGAAUGAAAAAAAGAAGUGGAAACAAGAAGUACUAAACCUCAAUAGACUUAUGGAAAUGAAUGUGGUAGAAUUUGGUGAAGUAGAACAGUAUAAACGGAAGAUUGAAGAAAGAGCAAGACAGGAUGUAGUAGAAAAAUUAAAAGAAGUCAAUCUAUUUUUACAGACACAAGCAGCAUCUCAAGAAAAUCGAGAGCAGUUAAGAGAGAAUCAUAAUACUUCAAUAAGAAGUCAGUUGGAACUCAGAAUUAAAGAUCUGGAAUAUGAACUCUUCAAAAUGAAAACUUCUCAAGAUUCUAAAGAAAUAAAUUUGGAAAAAUAUAAGCAACUUUACCUAGAAGAAUUAGAAGAUAGAAAAUCAUUGGCAAAUAAACUAGACAAGGCUCAUGAGAGGCUAGCAGAGGUCAGCACCGAACUUCUCCUGCAGAAACAGCAGAACAGACUUUUAGUCAGUGUUCCUAACACAAGGCCAGGCCUGGAGACACCUGGUGUUGGAAACGUUAAUAAUAGUUUUGUGCUCUAUGGACAUUCUACUCCAAGAGAAAACAUGGUGAUUCCUACCUCAAGGCCACGGAUUUCAAAUAACAGCAUAGAGACUUACUUGAUCAAGAUGCAGCAGGACUUUGAAAAAACUCUAACUAGAGAAUUAAAAGAAGAUGCUGCUGAAUUUGAAUCUGAAUCCUAUCCUGUAGGAUCAGUUGAUCAGUCAAAUUCAUAUGAAGACUUACUUUUGAAAACGUCACGAGAAUAUGUACAGAUUUUGAAGAAAAAUUAUAUGAUCUGAAACAUAAAUAGUAAAAAUGUAUUUACUGGACUAUUUACAAAACAUUUUUAUUAUUUUCUA